AUGUUGGAAUCAGCGGGCUUCUCACUAAAGAAAUGGGCGUCGAACAUACCGGCUGCGCUUGAUGGUGUUCCAAGCGCCGAUUUGGCCAUCAAUUCAGUUCUAGACUGGCAAGAAGACCAAGCAGUCUCAACACUGGGCUUGGUUUGGGAACCAUCCAACGAUAUGUUUCGGUUUCGGGUGGAUUUGCCAACCCCUGCAGAAGAGCUGACACGAUGCCUGGUGUUAUCAUACACGGCCAGAAUCUUCGAUCCUCUUGGUCUGUUGGGACCAACGGUGAUACUCGCCAAGAUGUUCCUGCAACGCCUAUGGGGAUUGAAGCACGAGGGGAAGACGCUGGACUGGAAUCGUCCGCUACCAGCGGAGAUUCAGGAAGAGUGGAGGAGGUUCCACUCAACGCUCUAUGUGUUACGCGAACUGCGAGUACCUCGAUUGGUGGCACAUAGCAAUCCGGAAAGGCUGCAGCUGCAUCUCUUCGCGGAUGCAUCUCAAGGAGCCUAUGGAGCAUGUUGUUACGUACGCUCGGAUUCGACACGGGGCUCUACGGUUAGAUUGCUAGCGGCUAAGUCCAAGGUGGUGUCCCUCUCAAACACACAUUCCAUCGCCAGAUUAGAACUGUGUGCAGCACGGCUAGCAGUACACCUGUUCCAGAAGGUGAUUCGAGCACUCAACGUUUCAUCGUCGACGGUUAUCUGUUGGACAGAUUCCAUGACCGUCAUGCAUUGGCUCAAAUCAUCACCUCGUCGAUGGAAGCCGUUUGUCGCCGACAGAGUGGCGCAAAUACAAGAGGAGACCCGAAUUUCAUGCUGGCGUCAUGUUCCUGGUAGCGAUAACCCGGCGGAUGAUAUAUCGCGCGGGUUGAGGCCCGAAGAGUUACUGCAGUGCGAGCGAUGGUGGCAGGGGCCACGUUGGUUGUCCUACGGACAGGAAGAGUGGCCGGUGGAACCAGUACUCGCGAAAGAGAACGAGACGGACAUCGAGGAGCGGUUAGCGGUGUCCAAAAUAGUCAUCACCUCUACGACGUGUGACUUUAGCAACAUACUUUUCGCACGUUAUUCCUCGUACGGCAAGUUGCGAAGGGUUGUUGCUUAUUGCUUGCGAAUCCUCUCCAACCUCAGGGCGAGCAAGUCAACGUCGAUCAACAGCGUCAAGCGGAAUACGGACAUGAAGACGCCAUUGAGUUCCGUUCCACCGCUUACAGCGGCGGAGUUGCAGGAUGCGGAACUGAGGUUGUGUCAACGGGCACAACAUGAUUCGUUUGCGGAGGAGAUGGACGACCUGAAACGAGGAAAGCUGGUGAGCGGAAGGUCGAGACUAAAGUGGUUGUCUCCAUACCUCGACCCAAAGGGUGUGUUACGCGUCGGUGGCCGGCUUGGUAACGCCAACAUACCAGAGUCAACCAAACAUCCGAUUGUACUCGCUGCAUCACAUCGGCUGUCGACACUACUGGUCGAGAACACUCAUCAUCAAAAGAUGCACGCGGGGCCACAAUUCAUGUUAGCAACAAUCCGGCAGAAGUUUUGGUUGAUUGGGGGCCGAAACUUAGCAAAGAGCGUGUACCAUCGAUGCCACACAUGCUUUCGGAACAAGCCAACGCUGGUGAAACAGGCGGUAGCUGAUUUGCCUAAGUCACGAGUGACACCAACGCGACCGUUUGCCGUCAGCGGCGUCGACUACUGUGGGCCGUUUUUGUUAAAGUCGACCGUCCGCAACCGAAGCCCAACGAAGGCAUACAUCGCGAUAUUCGUAUGUUUCGCGACAAGGGCAGUCCAUAUCGAGCUGGUGAGUGAUCUCACAUCGACUGCUUUCCUAUCAGCACUACGUCGCUUUGUCGCGAGACGUGGUAAAGUAGCCGAAUUGCAUUCGGACAAUGCAACGACGUUCAAGGGCGCGGCACACGAGUUGCAUCGCAUCUAUAGGAUGCUGAAAAUCGAUGAGGGUGAUAGGAGAGCGAUCUUUGAUUGGUGCGCAGAGAACGAACUGGUAUGGAAGUUUAUCCCCCCGCGUGCGCCUCAUUUUGGAGGACUUUGGGAAGCGGCAGUUAAGUCCGCUAAAAGGCAUCUGUUAAAGACGAUAGGAGUUAGAAGUGUGACGCAAGAAAAUAUGCUUACCCUUCUGGCACAAGUUGAGCUUUGUUUAAAUUCGCGUCCAUUGAUACCAAUAUCAGAUGAGCCAACAGAUUUGGAAGCACUAACCCCGGGCCAUUUCUUGAUAGGGAGUAGCAUGCAGGCGGUACCACAAGUAGAUCUUAGCAAGAUUUCUCCGAACCGUUUGAAGGAGUACCAAUUAGUGCAAAGGCAGAUGCAAGAGAUUUGGGCACGGUGGUACCCAGAAUAUCUACAGCAGCUACAGGCCAGGGCAAAGCACGCGAACAAUACACCGGUGAAGCUAGAAGUGAACCAAUUAGUGAUCGUGAAAGAAGACAAUACCCCACCUGCA